UGCUCUGAGGGUGGCACUUCCCAAGCAGAGACCAGGAAAUAGGUCACACAAUGUAGUAAGUGACAAGGCAACUAUUUGAAAUCUCCAGCCCUAAUACCUGAGGUAACGAUGGGAUUUUACGCUGCUGUUUGACCCGGGGAAGGAAUCAUUGAACCGGCUUUAUUGUGGCGAUUUUAUUUCUACUUUCCUAGAGUCAAUUUCGGGGGAAGAGAGGGAGGUCGGAAAAAGAAACAUGGGCUGUGCCAAAUCAAAAGACUCUGUGGACUUGCAAGAAAAAAGCUUAAAUGAUCCCGUACGUAAAUCUCAAACAGCUCUUUAUGUGAAAGACCCCACAUCCAAUUCUCUUAACACAAAUAGCUGUCCUAUGCCAGCAUGUUCUCCAGGAGGACAGGACGACAUGGUGGUUGUUGCACUUUACGACUAUGAAGGCAUUCAUGAAGGAGAUCUGAGUUUUAAGAAAGGAGAAAAAGUGAAAGUGAUCUCACAACAAGAUGAGUGGUGGCUGGGAAUAUCUUUAGUAACUGAUCAGGAAGGCUAUAUUCCAAGUAACUAUUUUGCCAGAGUUAACUCACUUGAAACGGAAGAUUGGUUCUUCAAAGGUGUCAGUAGAAAGGAUGCAGAGAGGCAACUUCUGGCAACAGGAAAUAAGAGUGGUUCAUUUAUGAUAAGAGAUAGUGAAACAACCAAAGGUAGUUAUUCCCUCUCUGUUCGAGAUUAUGAUCCUACAAUGGGUGACACAGUAAAACAUUACAAGAUACGUACUCUGGACAAUGGUGGCUUUUAUAUCUCUCCUCGAAUAACAUUCACCACUUUGACUGAACUAGUCAACCAUUACAAGAAACAAGGAGAUGGAUUGUGUCAGAAGCUAACAAAGCCUUGCAUUAGUGAAAAACCUCAAAAACCAUGGGAGAAAGAUGCCUGGGAAAUUCCAAGAGAGUCACUCAGACUAGAGAAAAAACUUGGAGCUGGACAGUUUGGAGAAGUGUGGUUGGCUACAUUCAAAAAUCAUACCAAAGUGGCAGUGAAAACCAUGAAGCCAGGUACUAUGUCAGUGGAAGCCUUCCUCAUGGAAGCUAAUCUCAUGAAGGCUCUUCAGCACGAUAAGCUGGUACGGCUCAAUGCUGUGGUUACGAAGGAGGAACCCAUAUACAUCAUCACAGAGUAUAUGGCCAAAGGAAGUUUAUUAGAUUUCUUGAAGAGUGAUGAAGGGAACAGAUUACAGUUACCCAAACUGAUUGAUUUUUCAGCUCAAAUUGCAGAAGGAAUGGCUUAUAUUGAAUCCAAGAACUAUAUACACAGAGAUUUGAGGGCUGCCAAUAUUUUAGUGUCUCACAUGCUGGUUUGCAAGAUCGCUGACUUUGGCCUCGCCAGAAUAAUUGAAGACAAUGAAUAUACAGCCAGAGAAGGUGCCAAAUUUCCUAUUAAAUGGACAGCGCCAGAAGCCAUUAACUUUGGAUCAUUUACAAUCAAGUCUGAUGUGUGGUCCUUUGGAAUUGUUCUUAUGGAAACUAUCACAUAUGGCCGUACCCCUUAUCCAGGAAUGUCAAACCCAGAUGUGAUCCGCUCGCUAGAGCAUGGAUAUCGGAUGCCACGUCCAGAGAUAUGUCCCACAGAGCUGUAUGACAUCAUGAUGAAAUGCUGGAAAAACAAAGCAGAAGAACGUCCCACUUUUGAAUAUCUUCAGAGCGUUCUUGAAGACUUCUUUACAGCUACAGAGAGCCAAUACCAGCAGCAGCCAUAAUGAAGUGCCAAGCAUGACCAGAGAAUGGGACAGUGCGAAAAAAAAGUAACUCAAACCAUCCAUUUCAGUUUUGACUCAUUAAGGUCUGCACUUGCAUUUUUGCACCAUGUCCAAAGUAAGAAUAAUUUUUAACAUUAUUGACUGUAGGCAGUGUAUUUUCCAUGUUAAAUGUUUUCAAUAACUUUUUUAAAAAAUGUAGUAACAAAUAUUCUACAGAAACUUAAAAAAAAAUCAUUAGUUCUUGGAUGGCUGAACAAAAGGUUUAUUUUUGCUGGAAUAAUGUUUAAAAUAAUAUUGGUACUGUAUUUUCAUUGACAUCACAAUUUAUUUUUUCUUGUGCACUAUUUUUAUACUGAAGGCAGUACUCCCAUAUCAGACACUGGGUGGUAUAGCCCUUUAUGCAGCAAUAUCCAUUAGGUGUUUCAUAACUAGAAAAAUAGUUGAAUUAUUUCAGAACCACGUAAGGAUCUUAUAACAGAGUGUUUUUUUAAACAUGCACAGCUGUUGUAUUCACAUAGAUAGUAGUCAUAGGAAAUAACUUAAUCUAUAUGUAGAAAGCUUGAAUCAUCUAGUCCCAGAAUCUGUAAAGUGUAGAGAGUUACUUUAAAAAAAGUUGAUGAAAAUAACAAGUAUUUGAUAAAGAUUGUAAAUAUUUUAAUAAAGGUUAUGAGAACCAAUGGAAUAUCUGCCAAUUUCUCUUUUGUGAAGUUAACAAUAUUAGUCAGGUAAGCUCAGGAAAACUUAGAACACUGAGUACUGAUGUGUUCAAACCUACUUCUGACAGAAUGAUGCUCUUAGCCUGAAGAUAAAGCCCCAGGUUGAUUUGCUGAAGGUUAAAGUAUUUAUUUUGUCCUGUUGGAAUAUUACCAAGCAGGGUCCACUGUCCAAACUAAACAUAAAACUUGUAGUUUGGAGCUUGAGUUACUGGAAAAACAUACAUUUUUCUGCAAUGGUAACUGCACCUGCAAACAAGUGAGCUGCAGAAAUUUCUGUAGUCCACCAGAAUUGUCUUUGGAGCAGAAGAAAUGCUCCUGCUCCUGCAGCUUGAUAAGAAGAGAUAUCUACUGAAGCAAAACCAGUGAAGUAAUUCUAAUCUAUAAAAAUUUUAAAAAGCCAUUAAUUUUGUUGGCCUCUUUUAUUGUUUGAAUAUAUUUGUUUUUAAGUUUUUUUUUAUCAGGUGUGUAAGGUUUGGGAAUAAUUUAUAGCAAUGAAUGUGCUUGAUGCCAUUUGUAACAAGAGUGUAUCGUUGCUUUGUUUCAUAUGGAUCAGAGUAUGCACAUGCUCUAAGGUUUAUAAACUGCAUUUGUUUUUCACAUGGCUUGAAAGAAUGAAAUUAUAAUUCCAAAAAUAUACUCAUUCACAAUGUAUAUUUGAAUUAAUGCUUGAAGUGUGAAAUAAAGUGCCUUAAUCUCAA